AUGGAAGCUAGGAAUCAAACCAUGGUGACUGAAUUUCUUUUUGUGGGAUUUACAGAGUAUCUCCAGCAACAGGUUCUCCUCUUUCUCAUGUUUAUGUUUGUCUAUCUCAUCACUGUCUUUGGGAACCUGGGCAUGAUCAUUCUAAUUUGGAAAGACUCCCAACUUCACACCCCCAUGUACUUUUUUCUCAGUCACUUGUCCUUUGUGGAUUUCUGUUCUUCUUCUACUAUUGCCCCAAAGAUGUUGGCUGACUUCUUUGUGGAGAAGAAAACCAUCUCUUUUCUGGGCUGUGCAGCCCAGAUGUGGUUCUUUGGACUCUUUUUGGUCAGUGAAAGUUUCCUUUUAACCGCAAUGGCAUAUGAUCGUUAUGUGGCAAUCUGCAACCCGUUACUCUAUACACUUGUCAUGUCCCAGAGUGUCUGUGUACAGCUUGUGAUUGGGCCUUAUGCCAUGGGUCUUCUAAGCUGUAUGACACACACAAUCCUAAUUUUCCACUUACCCUUCUGUGACCAGAAUGUCAUCAAUCAUUUCUUCUGCGAUGUCUCACCCUUGCUCUCUCUUGCAUGUGCUGACACUCACAUUAUUAAGUUGAUCCUUUCCAUCAUAGCUGGAGCUGUGGGAGUCUUCAGUGGUCUGACCAUUCUUAUUUCCUACAUCUACAUCUUCAUGGCCAUUCUGAGGAUCCGCUCUGCUAGUGGGAGGUCCAAGGCCUUCUCCACCUGCUCUUCACACCUGACUACUGUCAGCAUUAUGUAUGGGACCCUCUUCUUCAUCUAUGUGAGGCCUAGUGCAAACUUCUCCCUGGACCUCAACAAGAUAUUGUCUGUAUUCUAUACAGCACUGACCCCCAUGUUGAAUCCACUUAUCUAUAGCCUGAGGAACAAGGAGGUGAAAAAUGCAUUUAGAAGGAACUUAGAAAGGAAAAAAUUCCUUUGUGCAAAUAAGAAUGAGGUCCUUUUGUGA